GCGGUGAUAUUUGAUUUUAAAAGUUUGUCGCAAAACACCCCGAGAUUAGAAAAGACGCUUAGAGGCAAGUAACAAUCAUCACAUCCACAAGAAGAUUCAUUCUGCGGAUGAAUACAAGACAUAUCUCUUCGAGUUGUUAAAUAUCGAAUUCAUGAUUGGUUGAGGUGAGGUCGUGUCGGUCGUGUCAGUGAGACGAGAGUAAUGGAAGUGUUUGAUCGUCGUGCAGGCAUAGAUAGAAAGAACAUUUUGGAAAAAUGUUCAACGAUUUUCAUAUUAUAAUCAUGAUCGUCACGUAAAAGUCUUGAGUGAUAGGAAAAUGUCUUCCUACCGCAGUAGUGUGUUGUUGUCGUUAACACUACUUAUUUAUCUGCACAGAGGAACUGUCCAUGGGUUACUAUGCCACUGCGAUAUUUGUGCCGACAGAAAUUUUACUUGUGUCACAGACGGGUAUUGCUUCACAUCUACCUCUUUGCAAAAAGACACUGGAGUUAUUACACGUGCAUACAGGUGUCUAAACAAGAAGAACUUUUUCCCGAGGGAGUUUCCUAUUGAGUGCUCAGUGUACAGCCGUCAGACGCCUGAGAUGCAAGUUGAAUGCUGCAACAAUUCAGAUUGGUGCAACUCCUCUUUGGUCCCAUCUCUGGCCACCCCCAUCACCACUACCACCACCACCACCACCACUACCACCAUUCACACAUCCCUGAUGCCAGAGAAUCCACAGGGCCAAGGAACCGUCUCAUUGGGCACAUGGGAGCUAGCGUUGGUUAUUGCUAGCCCUAUUGUCAUAGUGUGCAUCAUCGUAACAGUGGCCUAUAGCCUGUGGCAGCAGCAUUCCCGGCGCAAACACCAACUACCCUAUCGGUCUGAGGAUUCAAUUGAAGCACCAGAUCAUCCCAUAUUGGGUGGUGUGUCAUUACGGGACAUGAUUGAAAUGACCACAAGUGGUUCUGGUUCAGGCUUGCCUCUGUUGGUACAACGAAGUAUUGCAAGACAGAUACAACUUGUUGAAAUUAUUGGCAAAGGGAGGUUUGGAGAAGUGUGGCGAGGGAGAUGGAGAGGAGAGAAUGUGGCAGUGAAAAUAUUUUCAUCUCGAGAAGAACGUUCCUGGUUUCGAGAGGCAGAAAUUUACCAAACAGUAAUGCUGCGUCAUGACAACAUUCUUGGAUUUAUUGCAGCUGAUAAUAAAGAUAAUGGUACGUGGACACAACUGUGGCUGAUUACGGACUACCAUGAGAAUGGGUCUCUCUUUGAUUAUCUGAAUAGGAGCACCGUUGACACUACAGGCAUGAUCCGUAUGACACUAUCAAUUGCCACAGGUCUGGCACAUCUCCACAUGGAGAUUGUAGGCACACAAGGAAAACCUGCCAUAGCUCAUAGAGACCUCAAGUCAAAAAAUAUUUUAGUAAAAUCAAAUACUACAUGUGCCAUUGGGGAUUUGGGUCUAGCUGUGAGGCAUGAUGUGGCAACAGACACGGUAGAUAUUCCGCUUAACAAUCGUGUUGGCACAAAGCGGUACAUGGCUCCAGAGGUGCUUGAGGAGCUUAUCAACAUCAACCACUUUGAUUCAUUUAAAAGGGCAGAUGUAUAUGCUCUUGGCCUCAUAUUUUGGGAGAUUGCAAGGAGGUGUAAUGUUGGUGGUAUCUAUGAUGAUUACCAGUUGCCAUUCUAUGACAUGGUCCAAUCUGACCCAACCAUUGAAGAAAUGAGGAAAGUGGUGUGUCUGGACCGACAAAGGCCGUCUAUUCCUAACCGUUGGCAGUCAAAUGAGGCGCUUCAUGUGAUGUCGAAAGUCAUGAAAGAGUGCUGGUAUCAGAAUGCGGCAGCUCGUCUCACAGCACUUCGCAUUAAGAAGACCCUUGCAAACCUUGGUGCAGCUGAAGAUUUGAAAAUAUAAAAAGUCUGGUAUGGAGCACAUCAGGUUACUUCCAUGCAGGCACCAAUCUCAGUUGUUUACAGUUGUGCUGCAGUUCAAGUUAUUGGAGACGAAAUAUUGUUGUGAAUUAAUUAUGAGGAACUGCUUUCACUAGUCACGUCCUUUCAUUUCACAUAAUUAUUGCAAGGUUUUUCCUUUCUUAAAAUGGACACAGUAAGGUGCUUCAUGUUAGUUCCAAAACGAUAUUCAGAAUGUUACUAAAUCACAUUUUGUGAGAAGGAAUAUGGUGACAAGCAACAUGAUCCUGACUAGAAGAACAAGGAAAUAAUUUUCAUGUGGUAAUUGUCCUGGGAACCAGUGACCCAGACAUGAUUCAGUUAGUUGUCCAUGUUGAGUAGAUCCAGUAUGCAAAGUGCUGCUUGCCACCAUUGUAUUGUUUUUGACAUUCUGUUGAAAGCCUGACCUGCAUUAAAAUGUAUUUGCAGAAAAAUUGGGAUAGGCAGCAGAAAAUUUGAAGAAAGGAAUGGAUGAAAGACAGGAAUGUUUGUUGAGUGGAUGGCUGUGUGGAUGAAUGUUAAAUGCUGAAGAAAAAUCACUGCCCAGUUGUGUUCCCCCUGUAAUAGCACAGGCCCUGUAUUUACUUUGUUUAUUGCUUUGACUCUAAAGCAACUUCAGCUGGUCAGCUACAUAUAGUGUGAAGUUUCAGCAGUUACAUCUGUUCAAGAAACAGUCACAUUUGUAACUUUAAUUUGACGUCAUAGAAUUUUAAGAACUCUUAAUAUGAGGAUAAGAUUUUCUCUAUUAUAACACUUCGUAGUUUGGUAGCAAUCCACCAUUGUUUUGUAGGAACAUUGGGCCUCCAUCUUCGGGAUCAAAUUGUAAGCCAAGCAGGAAGCCAGCAGUAAACAAAUGGCAAUGAUCAUGAAUCUGAAUUUUAACUUCUUAUCUGAUCUGAAAUGCAUUAACAGUACAUGGGUCAUUAAGUAAUUUUUGUGUGUAAGCAGCAUGCUUGAAGGGUUUAUGGAAACUUGAAACAUAAGAUCCUUGCAUCCUUUAUCUCAGCUGCAGGGAGAACUGAGUGGUCAUCAGCAUUUUCAACAAAUCAUCUAUAUUCAAUAUGUAUUGUUUGAUCAAUAUUAAAUCCAGCAAUAGUUAAGAAGUCCCUACCUGAUGAACAGAAUCAUGUAUGU